AAAUAGGAGAGGGCAGAGGGGUUUCUAUACCUCUGUCCGCCACCACCACACCAGUAGUCUCUAGACUUGAGAGGCCACUGUAGUCUCUCUUUGCUUCAACAAAACCCUCUUCCUUCCCAAACCCAAAGCCACUCUCCUUUCACCCUUCCCAGUUCCCACCAUAUAUAUGCAAAACCCAUCAAUUUAAGCAGCUCAUACCCCAUUAAAACCCUCAAUUUAAACAUUUUAUGAUACACCAAAUCGAAGCCUCUCAAGAAAAAAAGAGAGAUGAAGUGACCCACUUCACAGCUCACUCCUUUUUAAUCCAAACUCUCUAGACUCUUGUCUCACAAGACUCAACAAACCAAAGUAAACAAGCACUACUCCCAUCUCAAGAGACCAUGAUGCCUUCUUCUUAUGGGGUCAUCCUCUCUCUCAUAUUGCUGCUCUUUUUGGCUUCUGAGGUCAUUUGCACUGAACAAAGCUCAACCCAUGCAAAUGGGUCUGACAGAGUGGAGGAACCACCAUUUGUGCCACUGAUAGAACCUGAAAAGUUGAAGACUUUGGUGAUGAAUGAGACUAGGAGGAAGUUGGGGAGCUUUCAGAUUUGUGCGCUGUGUACUUGCUGUGGAGGAGCUAAAGGUCUUUGCUUGCCAUCUCCUUGUUGCUAUGCAAUCAAUUGCAACAUUCCCAACAGGCCCUUUGGUUUCUGUUCUUUCACUCCCAAGACCUGUAAUUGCUUUGGAUGCCAUUACUAACUCUAUUUCCUCUAUAUUUUAUAAAAGUUAUAAUAUAUAUUGUUUGCUUGGGGCAAUCUUGA